GGGAUUUUUAUCAUAUCACAGCAAAUAUAUUUUAAAAAUUUUUAGAAAAAUUUGUAUACAAAUUCUUAAGUAAAAUACUUUUUGAUACAGCUAUAAAAGUCGAAAGCCGUCCUUUUAAUUACCUUCAGUUACUUUUAUUUCUUUGAUUUUAAACCACAUAUUGGGCAUUUAAUUAUAACGAUCAUGGCCGAGAAACAACAGCAACCAGCCGAAGGUCCACAUAAAUCUCCGCUUGGUUUAUCCCCCGCAGAUUUUGCUCAUAGCGUACCUGUUCUUCUAUGGAGGCUGGGCAUAGCUUUGGGCUGUAGACGUCCCAUUUUGGAGCAUCACGUAGAUGUCGCCGCACCAGAAACCAAAAUUAACAUAAAUCUCAAUCACUUCCGGCAACGAUUUAGGCAAAUGCAUUCCAUGGAGGAUGCGCAGGACCAGGUGCUAGAGGAGCAUCGGUAUAAGCUCUUUCUACAUCUCUAUAGGCUGCUUACGAGGCUAGAGCCCAAUGAAGCCAAACGUCAGCAAUAUCUAAUAUUUUGCUAUCACCUUUUUAAUACGGAAAAGCCGCAACAACCGCAUCUGGAAGAAACGUUGCGACAUCAAGAAAACAUCACCGAAUCCCUAAUCUUGGUAGCUCAAAAUGUAAUGCAUCUAAAUGAGGAGAAUUCGGAACGUCCGCGGGAAGUGAGAUCUCUCAAUAUUGAAAACUUUGGUCCUAUGCCCAAAAGGUAUUGCACUUCCCAAAUGUUGGAAAUGGAGUUUGCCUAUGUGGAACAUAAAGCUGUGAGAUUUUGCUGUAACUCAAAAGGAUUGCGUUGGGAGCAGGCAAGCUGGAAAAGAAGUUAUAUUCAGGCGAAGGAAGCUGCAAAUGCAAACAAGAUUAGGGAAGAACCGAAGCCGUACAAAGACGAUGAAAUGGAAGUUAUUUAUAUGUUAAAUUGGAAUAGGCCCGAUAAAUCAUUUUCAAGUAGUUCAGAGCUUAUGCUCUAUGAAGAUCUUGGAAUUCAGUUAAAAGAAUGCAAUUCGGAGAAUCGAGAAUCAAGAGCUGCUGAAAUAUGCGAAAAGAGAAGGAAUAUUAUGAAGGAGACGGCUGAGGUAGGCUGUCAGUUUGUGGAACCGGAACGAUCUGAACUACUAAAUAAAUAUCAGCAAACUGAACUACACGACACGCUGUCAGAUCGGGGCGUACAAACGAAUCGAAGUGCAUUUUCCGAUAUCGCUACGAAUACUGAGGACGAAUUGCUUCUGGUACAAAUCAAUCGCAUGGGAGCAACGGAAACAGGAACAAGUACAGAGGAACUUUUCGCAGAAAUCGAUUGGAAAAUCACCCAAAAGCAAGCUAUAUCCACGAAAGUUGAGCCUGAAAUCAAUCGAUCUAGGAUAUAUCGCAAAUUUACAACUACGAAAAACACUGCUGGUUUCUAUAUGGAGCAAGUGGAGCCGUCUGUCUGGUGGGAAAAUCAGCGCGUGACCUCACCUAGAGAUCAUUUUCUUAUAACGACAUCUGAAGAAAUGCUGUCAGCAAUCGGUCAUACAAUAGUAGAACAAGAACCGAUAGUCGAUAGUCCAACAAUGCACCAGGAAUCAAUAACUCCAAGAAUCAGUUCCAGCACUCACUUGAAGCUACAUAAUCAAUGUUCCUCAUAUUACCAUCAACAUUUCAUUUUUACAGCAUCCGAAGAAAUGUUGCCAGAAAUUGAACAGCCGACAAUAGAGCAACAACUGAUAACAGAUCGGUCGUUAGAGCAGCAAGAGUCGAUAAUUCCUGGACUUUCUUCCGGCGCUCACGUAGAGCUAUGCAGUCCAGUCACAAGCAACUGGCAACAUCAAGCGCAGCCAAAUAUUGAACAAUCGAUAGCUCAACGGGAAUCGAUAUCUACAGCACUUUUCACCGAAACUGAUCAGUACACACUUUCCAUUUCGGAGCAAGAUGAGCAUACAUCCUCGGCAGCUAGCUGGCAACAACUGCGGCAGGGUGAAGUAUCUAAAGAAAUGAUAAAUGAAACGAUAACACAGCAAAAACUGAUGGCCGAUGGAUCGAUAACACAGCAAGAAUCGAUACCUUUAGGAGCUACUUCUAUCGUUCCAUUAGAGCGACCUCCAACUGGGUGGCAAAUCCCCUCCAACUUGCUGUCAGACCCUGUUCAGUCGAUACCUUUUGAAGAAGAUAUUCAUAAAAAAGUAACUUCCGACUUUGUUUCAGAGCAGACGAAAGACUUGCCAAUUAAUCAUACGAUAAGCCAGCAAUCGAUGACCGAUGGAUCGAUAAAACAGCUAGAAUCGAUACCUUUAAGAGCUGCUUCUAAACGCGUGUCCCCUACAACUGUUUGGCAACAAAAAUUGCUGUCUGACACGGUUCAAUUGAUAACCUCUAAAGAAGAUAUAGCUGAAAAAUGUACUUCCGACUGUCUUUUAGAGCUAACUAAGCAGGUGCGCGAACUAACCACACGGCAACAUCCGCAGCAGACGAAAGACUUAUCAAUUGAUCACACGAUAAGCCAGCAAUCGAUGCCCGAUGAAACGAUAACACAGCAACAAUCGAUAACGCACACACCAACCAGGUGGCAACACCAGCGGCACGUUAUAGCCGCCUCCCGGUUCAUUGUUAAGCAAUUUCAAUGUAACCCCGCCUAUCAAUGCUCACCCAUGCAGCGUGAUGCGCCCAAUUUCUUUGCACAAUGGAUGCAAUUCCAUGAGAUUGUGGCGCCCCAAGCGAAAUGGAACCAACCCAAGAUCGAUGUCGAUGCGAUCCGAAGACGCUUAAAAGCUUAUUUGCGAUGCAUGCGCAAGAAAUAUUCCUUUGAGCCCGAACAGUGUGUGGCCGCGAUUGCCAAAUGCCAGCUGCAACAGCUGCUCACCGCCGACGAGCUGCGGGAAUACGAGACGAUGCGCUGGCAGCAGCGGGAUCGCGGCACGGCCCGAGAACUGACCCAGGAGGAGCGACUGCAGGAUGCGUUGCACGGCAUGCUGGGCUACGAGUGCCAGCAGUUGCGUUCGUCGGCCCUGGGUCCACGUCUGAUGCUGCGCUCGCCGCAUCAUCAGCGCAGCGUAAGCGAAUCCUAUCUGCUCCUGUCGCUGGCCGAGGUGGGCUACUACUACAGAUGCCUGCAGCAGCAGCAGCGGCAUCUGCAACAUCUGGGCGAAUGUGGGCGUGCGUUGACGCCCUGCCUGCUCGCCGAGUUGCUCGACUACUCCGAGUUUUACAAGCGGCAACAAGUGCAGCCCAAGAGUCUGCUGCGUUUAUUCUGGCACACGAGAAGCUAUCGCCAGCGCUUCCAGUGGCUAUUGCAGCUCUGCGGCGGCCUGAGCAGGCGGCAGCCAUUGCUGCAGUAUUUGCAAUUGCAGCUGGGUCAGGGCAGCGUCGAGUACGAUGUGCUGCUGCAGCAGUGGCUGCGCUGCGCCGCCGAGCCGCUGCUGGCCAGGAUUAGUGGCUGGCUGCUGCGCGGCGAGCUGCCGGCGGACGAGUUUUUUAUUGUGGAGCGCGGCAGCGACAAUUGCCUUGUGGAGCACUUUGAGCUGGUGCAGCAACAAUUGCCGUACUUUUUGCGCCAACAGCUGGCACAGCAGCUGCUCGUCGCUGGCCGAAAUCAACAUUAUGCCCGUCAAUUUCUGGGCAGGCAGCUGGAGCUGACAGUAUCUGAUGCAGAGCUGCGUGAGCAAUUGACAGCCGCAUGUGCCAGCAGCUAUCGUGAGCUGGAUGAGCAGCCACUCGCUGAGCUUGCAGCCAGCCUGCAGCUGCAGACAUCCCGACAGCUGUGGCAGCAGCUGCAGCAAGCGAGCCCGCAACCCUUGGAGCUGCUCAGCCGGCUGCAUCAAUAUUGGCUGCUGACAGAUGUGGAAUUUGUACGAGAAUUGAUCGAGCUGCUGGAACCGGCGCUGGAGCAGCCCUCGGAAUAUUUUGAUCCAAGCCAACUGAACAAAAUGUUGGAGCAGCUGCUCUGCGCCCACAAUGAGAAUCUCUAUGUGGUUAAAGGUGAGCACAAGGGCAGCCAGAGCUGGUGCUGCUUUCUCUUGCGCUGGCAACAGCCGGCGCACUGGUUGCCCUUACUGGGCGCACGUCUGUCGCAAUACGAAACCAGCUUUGCCUGCCUCUGGCAGCUGCACUAUGCGGACUAUGUGCUCAAUGAGCGGAUAAGGCGACAGCAAGCGCAUUUUUGGGAGCGCAUCAAUUUGGCGCACUCGAAGGAUGCUCGCCAGGUGAGAGAUCGCUUCGAGCAGUUCAGUGAUCGGCUGCAGGAGUUUAUGCUACAGCUGCGCAGCUAUAUGCUUCAGGAUGUGUUGGCCAGCGCUUUUGAGCGUCUCUAUUAUGGCUGCAGUACGGCAAAAACUCUGGAUGAGCUGCUCGAGCUGCAUGGUGCGUAUCUGGAAAGCAUUGAGUACGGCAUUUGGCAGGGUGGCAAUUCCGGCAAGUUGCAGCACUAUCUGGGGCAGCUCUAUGCGCCCAUUAUUCAUCUGGAUGCAGUGCAGCAAAAGUUUCUAUCACUCGGUCAGCUAUUCAAUCAGCGCUUGGAUAAUCGGGAAGCGACGCAGCAGCUGCUUCUGGAGCUGCGUUGGUCCUGCCAGAAUACAUGCGAUGCCAUCAACGAUUUGGAGCACGAUUUUCAAUUGGUUUUGGCCCAGUUUUUGACUGGCCUAUACGCCACGGGGGAGACGCAGCUGCAUGCGCUGGCCAAGAAAUUGGAUCGAAAUGGGUAUUACGAGCAGCGAUUUAAGGAAUUAAAGGAGGCGCAAACUUUCGAAUUUCAGCGCAAACUAAAAACUAAAAAGAAAUCGCAACUUGAUAUGCUUAAAAAUUAAGCUCAACAUUUUUUUUAUUAUUGUUUUUUGGCAAUUGA